UUCUGCAUUUAUGACAGAUUGACGCAAAUAAAAACUGUUUUGAAAGUUUAUUUGUGAAUUGUAAUAUUCAAGACGUUUAUCGUUAUAAUUAAUACAUAAAUAAACAAGCAUCUAUUAAAGCGCCCCUAUAAAUUGAUGGAUCUUUUUAAAUAUUGCGGAUAAAAAUGAAUAAGAACUAUGAACGUUGUUCACACUGUAACCGACGGAAAUGGCUUACAACAGGUUGUCUUCGAAAAUGGUUAAAACCAAUGGAAUGUAAACAUUUACAAAGAACUAUUGACAAUAAAUGUGAUUUUAAUGAUACAGAUAUAGUGAACUGUGUAUUUUUGUCUGAUCGCAAAUCCCCUGUUAACACUAACAAGUUUGUGAAGUUUUGGAAAAACAAACUUUUCAUUACUGGCAGUGUAAGAUCAUUGCAACGUUACUUUGGAAACAAGAAUAAUGGUAGUGAAUAUUUGUGUAAUAACUACAACAAACCUGUGGAAGCAUCUACUUCAGGAGAAAGGUUGAUGUUAUCUGCUAAGACUGAAAUUAAGAAGGAUAUUGAAAUCAAUAAGCAAAUGUUGAAAUGUCAACACUCAGAUGACCAUUCGGUACUCCGAGGGCAUCAUCAGCAUGUUUCUGUAGAAAGCUGUGCUAUUUACUGUCAAUUAUCUAAACAUGGAUGGUACUGGGGUGGAAUCACCUCAAGUGAAGCAGAAGAGCUUUUAGCUGGACAGCACGAUAAUGUUUUUCUAGUCAGAGAUUCCUAUGACUCACGCCAUAUAUUAUGUGUAUCAUUCCGAUGUGUUGGCAGAACUUUACAUGCUCGUCUUCGACAUGCAGAUGGUCUUUUUUCACUCAAUAAUGAAACAUUUGUACCAGCUAGUAGAAUAUCAGAGCAUUGUGCUACUGUUGAUGUGAAAUCAAACUUAUUUGAAAUGCCAGUAAAACUAGCAAGGCCUUUGAACAGGUUUGCAAAAUUAGACUCACUACAGAAGAUAUGCAGAUUUGUUAUAAGACAAACAGUUUCAGAGAAGUUAUGGAGUAAGUUGCCAUUACCCCCAAACCUAAUAUCUUAUGUGUCAAUAGGCAGUGAUUAUAUUGCACCCACAUAAUCAAAUAGUUGAAUGAAUACAUGUGCCUUACUACUAGGAUGUGUAUCAGUCAUAGGAAGAUUAAGAAGCAUAAAAAUAUCUUUUGUCAGCAUUAAUUCAGAACUGCAUUUGUAUCUCUAUGUAUAUCUACCAUAUAACAAUAUCAAUUUUUAAAAAUACUAUGUAAAAAAUAUGUGCAUUGGAUAUUUUUUUUAUAAAGUUUCUUAAUAACUUUUUGAUGUCUUUACGAAACAGUCCUUUAGAUUAGGUUCUAUUUGUAUAAUUUAAUUGCAUGAAUAUGGGAAAAUAUAUGUUGAAGUGGAUGUACAUCCAAUAAGUAUCAACUAUCAAUUAAUGUUAUGUGAAUCAAUGCUAGCAAAUCUAAUGUUACACUAUCUUUAUAAUAUAUUUGAAAUUGAUUUAUAUUCUUUUAUAGUUGUGUGAUUGGAAAUGGCAAUGUUAGUUAUAUCAUUUGUUAAAUUUGUAUUGAUUUCUAUUAGACCAUUGAUUAGUUACAUUGAGAGUUGGUUUUCUCAGAUAAUGCAAUUUUAUUUAAUAAGAUGUUUAGGAGCUAGUAGAAGCUAAAAAUCAAAUUUGUGGGGUCACCACCAUUAUCCCAUCUUGAAAAAAGGUUUCGCACUUUUUCUCUUAAACUAGCAACAGAAAAUGUUACAAAACACUAUCUGUAGCAUAUAAUUGUCUACAACUUCUUUUUUUGUAUCUUUUAACCAUAAAGUGAAAAAUAAAGAAGUUAUUUACAUAGCAAAGUUGAAAUUUUUGGUCAAAUUUUCUUCAUGAAAUAAAAUUACUUCCUCAUAAAAAUGUAAUAAAAACUUUAAAAAUCUUAAAAAAAAUAGCCUUACUAUUCUAUAUCUUUUUUUAAAUUCAUAUAACAUAAAUAACAUUUAUGAGGUUGGGUAUUGAAGGUCCCGGUCAACAUCGAGACUAUACACUUUAAAUGUCUUGCAAAUUUUUCUGUAGAAUUUACAAGACAUUUAAAUUUACGAGAUAGUUUCGGAAAUAGAACGAGAAACCCUUUUUUACCGAUCUUGAAGUUAAACCACUACUAACACAUCAAUCAAAUAAAAUUGCUUCCUCUGAGAAACACACCCUAGGCCUUUAAAAUGUUACAUUUCAAUGGACUAUAUAUUAUAAACAAU